GUCCUUUACAACCAAAUCAUGCCUUCCGAAAACGACUAUGUCCUAGCACGCGACUACCUUGACAAUAGUCGUCUUAAUCUCUAUCACUACCAUUGGAUCGAUGUAUUUGGCUACCGCACGCAUCCCAAGAUCCCGAUCGAUGGUUCGGACUUGAGAAUAGCGGAUGUUGGAACAGGCACGGGAGUAUGGCUUACAGAUCUCGGCGCCCGUCUCCCAUCCUCCGUACAGUUGGACGCACUAGAUGUUUCGUUCCAUGCCUUGCCGCCUAAAGAAUGGCUCCCUCAGAACGUAACCGUCCGACACUGGGAUGUCAAGGGAGACGUACUAGAUGACCUUGUGGGAGUUUAUGACGUUGUCAAUAUGCGAAACUUUGUUUUCGUCAUCAAGAACGACGAGAUAAAGCACGUAUUAGCCAACUUGUUGAAAAUACUCAAGCCAGGUGGUUAUCUGCAGUGGGGGGAGUCAGAUAUUCACGACUGGCGCAUUGAUAAAAUUCAUCCCGACAACAAAACGGACGCCCAUAAACGACUAAUGGAAAUGACGCUGGGACAGGACUUAAGGCUACAGGCCACCUGGGUGGGCGAAAUGACCCAACUCUUCUCAGAAGCUGGAUUCGAGGAUGUUGAGAUGGACUUCCGCAAGCCUGAGCCCCACCUCGCUUUUGCGAUGCAUCAGUGUCAAUUGAUCAUCCAUGAGAUUAUCCCGCGGCAGACUCGUAAUGAAAGCGUGAGGAACGAAGUAGAGCGGUUGCUGCCGGAGGUGCAUAAGGAGACUGUGGCCGGCGCUUGCUUUGCUAUUACGCGCCGCACUGUCAUUGGAAGGAAGCCUAAGGUCUAAAGGGGGACACGGCUGGAAGUAAAC